AAAUCAAGUUUCAAACUACUCAUCAAGCAUGUUCGCGAAUAUAGUUUAUCAAAAAUAAAUGUUAGGUAUAGUGUGAUUAUCCGGAAUAUACACGAUGAACAAAUUGAUGUUUUUUGCGCUGUUUGUUUGUUCAGUGUCAUUUUUACAUUGCUGCGAUGCCGUUUCGACCAUCAAGCGGGGAUAUAUGUUUACGGCCCCGAAAAGGCUGUUAAUCGGUGAAACUGAGAGCGGGUGUCUAUCUUUGCACAAUUUAGAGCUGCCGGCUAGAGUUGUACUUGAACUACUGGUAGGACCGAAAGAUGAAGUGUUAACCCAUACUAGCGCUAUUAUGAAAACAGGUGUAGAAACAUGCCUGCAAUUAACUGUGCCUAUAACGAAAUACACAGACGGAAUACUCCGACUCAGGAUCAAUUUCGACAAGUACCCCGAUUAUGUGGUCGAGUCGAAGGAGAACGUUGACAUCGAGCCCGGUUCUCUGUUGACUUUCGUGGAAACCGAUAAAGCCAUUUACAAACCUGGCCAGGAUGUUAAUAUCAGAAUUCUUAUGCUUAAGCGUGAUCUGAAACCUUUGAAGACAGUGAUUCCGAAAGUGUGGAUUGAAAAUCCAGCGAGUGUGAGGGUGGCACAGUGGACGAACGUAAGCACGGAGAACGGGAUGGCACAAUUGACGUUUCCCCUGUCUCCAGAACCGAACUCGGGAGAUUGGGUAAUAAAAGUGGAGAAAAAGAGUGUAAAAGAUAUGUCGCAGAGAAUGAAAUUUCAAAUGAUUCACCAAACUACGUUCGAAGUGGAAAAAUACAUUCUGCCAAGAUUUCAAAUAACGAUCGAUUCACCGGAAUAUAUUCUUGCCGAUGUAGAAAAUGUCACUUGGAACAUCUGUGUCAAAUAUAGCUAUGGUAAACCUGUGAAAGGUACACUGCUGUUGAAAUUAACGCCGCGGACACCUAGCUGGCAGAGAAAGCCUAAUUUUCCAGCGAUACGUUACGAGACGGAACUUAAUAAUCCAGACGGUUGUACUGAAUUUGUGCUUUCCGAGACCCUUCUUGGGUUAGCGCAUUGGAAAGUCGAUCCGAACAAUAUCAUUCUGAUAGCAGAAUUUACGGAAGCUGGGACUGGUAUAAUGCAAAGUGCGAUUAGUCUGACAAGGGUGGUGCACGAAGCUUUCAACUUGAAUUUCGACGACUACAUGCCAAAGUACUUCAUGCUGGGCUUGCCUUAUCAUGGAAAAUUACGAGUUUUGCGACACGACAAUACACCUGUUCCGAAUGAGAAAAUUCAAGUUUGCCUGAGUACACGCGGAAAGAUCGACUGGUCGAAGAAUGUAGUAGAAUGUCGCGACUUCAUAUCGUCCAUCGAUGGUUUCAUAGAUUUUGUUGUACCGCCACAACACAAGAGUACCGUUCUGUUAACUUUCGCCGCCACUGCUGUUGAUUAUCCACCGAAAUAUUACUCACCAGAAAAACCUUCGAGGGUUUCCAUGAAUCAGCCUUCCAGCUAUAUUAAUAUAAUUCCUUGGUAUUCUCCGUCGGAUAGCUACUUAGUGGUAGCACGAGGAAAUCAACCGAUCGUGUGUGGCGAAAAAUAUUCCUUUAACCUGAUGUACACGAUACCCCCUAAUGCGAACGAAUCCAUUUCUUUCCACUAUUCAAUCAAUUCGAAAGGAAGUAUCUUAAUAUACGGACAUGUGAAGCAUAAGCCUAGUCGAGACACGGUAUUGAACUACUCUGAAUUUCGGAAUAUACUGAGUGCUGUGGAACCAUUGACCAAUAAAACUGACGACAAACCCGUGGUGCACAGGUUCCCAUUAAGCGUUAAAGUUACACCAAGCAUGGCUCCAAUCUCAGAAUUAUUACUUUAUUACGUUCGAUUGGAUGGUGAGGUUGUCGCGACCACCUACACCAUUGAGGUUGGUCAUUGUUUCGAGAACAAAGUGAAAACCGCAUGGCACACCGACGUUCAAACCCCAGGCUCUACCACUCAGUAUCACGUCGAAGCUGCUCCUUGGUCUCUAUGUGGAAUUUCUGCUAUAGACAAAUCGACUCUUUUUCUCAGCAAAUCAAGAUCGAAUUUGCUCAAUGCCGCUAAAAUAUUCGACGAGCUGAGGACAUUCCUUCCAAAACCUUCCAAUUCCUUCCAAAUAGCUUCCGAUCGUAGAUGUAGAACGGUGGCACGUGAAGAAACGAAUGAAGAGAUCGCGCACUUUCCACCCACUUGGAAUCUGCGAAAACGAAGAAGUCGCAUGAUAACUUAUGAUCGGUCCGUUAAAUAUGUGGACGCGACGGAAGCUUUCAGCAACUUUGGAGUGGUUGUAAUGAGCGAUCUGGUGCUAGAAACACGACCCUGUCCAUGGUUAUUCCAGGAGCAUACAGCGCUUGACAACGCUGAACUUAAUCAAUAUGUACAUGCCCAACAAUUUGAUUUCGCAGUUGCUGCUGCAGCGAAGGAUCCAGGAGUAGUUGAUGAUCUUCCAUCUAAAAGUCCCACCCUUAGAUCUUAUUUCCCUGAAACAUGGUUAUGGGAAUUAAUACCUACUGGGAAAGAAGGUAAAGUAACGAUAGAACGUACACUUCCGCACACUAUCACCGAUUGGAUUGGCCACACAAUUUGUAUUUCACCAACUCACGGUCUUGGAAUAGCACCACCAACCGCCAUAACAGCGUUUCAACCGUUCUUUCUUGACUAUAGUUUACCAUACAGCGUAAAACGCGGGGAAAUAUUGCAUUUAAAGGUGUCUCUCUUCAACCAUAUGCAACAUAGCUUACCUAUAAUGAUUCACUUGGAAGAGGUAGCAGGACUUGAUCUGCAUUUGUCGCAUCCUAAUGCCUCGUUCUGCGUGAAACCACGGGAUAGUAUCGUUCACGAAUAUAUUCUUAGGCCACUAGUAGUCGGAGAAGUGAACAUAACGGUGUCCGCUUUUAUAGACACUGAUUAUCUAGAUUCGUGCGGACCAGACACUCCAAUAUUUACACGGGAUGCAAUCGUGAAACCAAUUCUAAUUUUACCAGAAGGUUUUCCCAUACAGGAAACGAAAUCGGCGUUCAUAUGUCCGAUGAACUUCAGCGACGAUUCUAUGUCGAUGUGGGAAUUGAUGUUGCCUAAGGAUAUCUUAGGUCCAGCACUGGACAAUUUGGACAAUCUUGUGCAAUUACCAAAAGGUUGUGGCGAACAGAACAUGGUACUGUUUGUCCCCAACAUUCACGUGAUUAAAUAUCUAGAUGCCAAUGGAAUUGAUAAUCCUGUUCUUCGAGCAAAAGCUAUUAAAAAUAUGGAGAAAGGAUACCAGAGACAGCUGACUUAUAAACAUUCGGAUGACUCUUAUUCAGCGUUUACGAAUAGCGAAAGCUCAAUAUGGUUGACCGCGUUCGUAUUGAAGUCAUUUGCUCAAGCUCGAACUCUGAUUCAUAUUGACGAGGAUCAGCUUAAGCGGUCUGUCAAUUGGAUCAUAAAGAAACAGUUGAAGAACGGUUGUUUCCCCAUGAUAGGCACAGUUUUCCACAAACCGAUGAAGGGUGGCCUCCAAAAAUACGAUUUGUCAACAGCAUUAACCGCAUACAUUUUAAUUUGUCUACUUGAGUCUGGCGUUCCCUUAUCACUGUCUAUUUUCAACAAUGCCCUGAAUUGUGUGGAAAACGCAGUUGCUGACUACAAUACUGACCCAUACACUAUAAUUCUCAAGACGUAUGCGUUAGCGUUAUCCGAGAGCCCGAACGCCAAUUCCAGUUUAAAAUUCCUGAUGAAAUAUGCUACUCGUCACAAUAACCACGUAUGGUGGGAAGAUAAAUCUAAGCCUGCGAUCAGUUUAAGCAUCGAAAUGACUGCAUAUGUUAUUCUCACCUUGGUAAAAUUAGGCGGAGAUGACAAUAUGAUUGAAGCUAUGAAGACUGUUCGUUGGAUAACGAAGCAAAUGAAUACCAAAGGUGGAUAUACGUCCACCCAGGACACGGUUAUUGCAUUGGAAGCUCUUACGAAAUACAAUAUGGCUGUAAGUCCUGGCAAAACCGAUUUGUCUGUUCUCGUCACUGCCAAAGAAGUGGAUUACGCCUACAAAUUGAACGAAGAUAAUCGUAUGAUUCUUAAGCAAAUUCGUUUGCCUGUUCUGCCAACCAUCGUAGAAAUUUUUGCCGAGGGUAAAGGCUGCGUUUUAAUACAGAGUAAUCUUAAAUACAACGUGGCGCAUACCAAUGCCUCGAAUGCUUUCGAUCUUUCGGUGGGUGCUCAUUCCGCUGCCUACCAAAAUGAAUGCUCAUUGCAAAAUAUUACAGUCUGUGCACGGUAUAAAAUGGCAGACGAAGAGAGCAACAUGGCUUUGCUCGAAAUUGGAAUGAUAAGUGGCUACUUGCCGGAUCCAAUGAGCCUGAAUGCGUUGUUAGAAGAUUAUCCAAAUAAAAUUGAUGAAUCAAUUACAGGAGUAAAACGCUACGAUGCAAACCGAGAUGUUGUCACCAUUUAUUUCGACAAAUUAACUGGCGAAAGGACAUGCAUCUCAUUCACGAUAAUAAGGGAGAACGUUGUCGAUCGUCUUGAACCAGCGAACGUAAAGCUUUAUGAUUAUUAUCAACAAGAGCUGACGGUGUCAACUAGCUAUAAAAUCGCUUCGCUUUGUAGCAGCGCGGAACCGGUUAAUGAACAAGUGACACCAAGUGUGCAGUCUGAGGAACAAUUACAAUACGCACUCACUAUAAAUUUUGCGGAAACCUUUUUUAAAGACAGUCACGAGCUACAAACACGAGUUCCAGUUUAUGAAGAAUCAUAUCUAAGUUCAUAUAACAACAAGUACAACAAAGAAUCAAGUAUCACCACCAAUGGAUUGCCCGUGGUGAGAACGUCAACAAUUGCAACAGAAGACGAAACUAUGCAAACUGUACAGCCAGAGGAGCAAAACCCUUUGCAGGAGGAGUCGGACGUUGAAAUGAAUAACACUACAAUAAACACCGAGACGAAUAUUCCGUCGCCGACGGGAGAGAAGCAAUCUUGUCCCGUAUGCAUGGACAAGUUACCGUCGAACAUUAAAGACGUUUAUUGCUCGGCGAGUAGCGCGGUUAAAGUAGCAAUUAGACGAUUGCGCAAAGCUAGACUGUUGCUGGACUUGCAUGGAUCCCGGGAAGUUCAACGUCUUCGUGCCACGGUCAAAUACACUCUAAGCCCGAAUUGCUCCUGUUCACCGUUAGAUACUCCUGGAAGUUUCGCGUUAAUUAUAAACAAAGAUAACGACUUUCUUGCAUCCGGUGAUCAUGAACAAACGUUGAACGAUUCGUUUUAUAUAUACGGUUUACCACUGGUUAGCGGUAUGCCAUGCAAAUUGGCGGAGGUACGAGCCACCUGUUUCAACGAAGAGAACAUUCAAUGCACGUACGAAGAUCCCCAGGUUUAUGGUUGAACUCAGCAGAUGUAUCUUAAUGUUUAAUGCGCA